GAGGACUCGAGCUCACGAGGUGACGGCGCAGGCCUCACAUGCCGCAGGGGCCAUCGCGCGGCGCGCCGUCGCACGCGCGCCGCAAGUUCCUCCGAAGAGGAGAAGGGCGACCCCCAUGAGCAGCAUGGAGAUCAUGAGGACGGCGACGAUGGAUGCGCCUGCCUGGCCACAGGCCCGCCGCCACCAGCCAGGCCGACGAGCGUCAUGACGUCCAGCUGUCACGCUCGGCCAAGUGGCCACCGCGGGAACGGGCCAGCGGAAGCGAGGCGCCGACGGGACCGACGACCGCGGCAUCGCGAGGAUCGCCACCAAGUACCUCCGACGACGCUCCUGAGCUGGGCGAGGGCUGGCCAAACCGUGGCCAAUAAAACGCUCUUCCCUGAAGAAGCCAACAACUUCCCGGAACGCAGCGCGGCGCGCGAAACGGUGAGCGGGGCCUCUUCCCAGACGGAAGAGGUCCUUUCCGGGAAUUCUGUUUUUGCAGCCACGGGUUUGCUUGACUUCGCCUGGCCGCAGCUCGGCCUGGAGAUGGAUAUUGAACGUGUUUUGCGCCAGUGUGUCUGGUAA